UGUGGGUGCCAUGGAGCCGGACCCCGCUUCGUCCCCCGGGCUUUCCCGCUCCAUCAAAGAGGAGCUGCUGUGCGCCGUCUGCUACGACCCCUUCCGGGAUGCCGUGACUCUGCGCUGCGGGCACAACUUCUGCCGCGAGUGUGUGAACCGCUGCUGGGAGGUGCAGGUGACGCCCACCUGCCCAGUGUGCAAGGACCGCGUGGCCCCCGCCGACCUGCGCACCAACCACACCCUCAACAACCUGGUGGAGAAGCUGCUGCGGGAGGAGGCCGAGGGCACGCGCUGGACAGGCCACCGCUCCCCACGCCUCUGCCGCCUGCACCGCACCCAGUUCAACCUCUUCUGCCUCGACGACAAGGAGCUGAUGUGCUUCUCGUGCCAGGCCGACCCCCGGCACCAGGGACACCGCGUGCAGGCAGUGAAGGACACCGCCCACGACUUUCGGGCCAAGUGCAGGAACAUGGAGCACUCGCUGCGGGAGAAAGCCAAGGCCUUCUGGGCCAUGCGGCGCUCUUAUGAGGCCAUUGCCAAGCACAAUCAGGUAGAGGCUACCUGGCUGGAAAGGCGAAUCCGGCAGGAGUUUGAAAAGCUUCGAGAGUUCUUAAGAGUGGAGGAGCAGGCCAUCCUGGAUGUCAUGGCUGAGGAGGCGAGGCAGAAGCAGCUUCUGGUGGAGGAGAAGAUGAAGGAGCUCAAGAAAGACACAGAGACUCUAGCCCACGAGAUUGAGCGGCUGCAGAUGGAGAUGAAGGAAGAUGAUGUUUCUUUUCUCAUGAAACACAAGAGCCGAAAACGCCGCCUCUUCUGCACCAUGGAGCCAGAUCCCAUACAGCCUGGCAUGCUGAUCAACAUUUGCAAGUACCUAGACUCCCUGCAGUACCGUGUCUGGAAGAAGAUGGUCAUGUCUGUUGAAUCUGUGCCCUUCAGCUUUGAUCCCAACACCGCAGCUGGCUGGCUAUCUGUGUCCGAUGACCUCACCAGUGUCACCAACCACGGCUACCGAGUGCAGGUGGAGAACCCUGAGCGCUUCUCCUCAGCACCCUGCCUGCUGGGCUCGCGCUCCUUCUCCCAUGGCUCCCAUGCAUGGGAGGUGGACCUGGGGGCACUGCCCAGCUGGCGAGUGGGCGUGGUGCGCAUGCGCCAGGACCCUGGUGCUGAGGGCUAUUCUCACAGCUGCUACCAGGACACUCGCUCUGGCUUCUGGUACCUGUGCCGCACGCAGGGAGUGGAGGGCGACCACUGCGUUACCUCAGACCCGGCCACAUCACCACUAGUCCCCUCCAUCCCACGCCGCCUGCGUGUGGAGCUGGAAUGUGAGGAGGGCGAGCUGUCCUUCUAUGAUGCUGAACGCCACUGCCACCUCUAUACCUUCCAUGCCCGCUUUGGGGAGGUGCGGCCCUACUUCUACCUGGGGGGCACACGAGGAAAUGGGCCUCCUGAGCCUCUGCGCAUCUGCCCCCUGCGCAUCACUGUCAAGAAGGAGCUGGAUGACUGAGGCUGCCCGGGAGCCUGCCAGAUGCUGCCCAGGUGUUAUGCCAUGGCCCUGCUUUCUUUCUGUUCCUCUUUCUAAAGCCCACACUCACCUGGACACCUCUACCUCCUGGCUUUCUUGCCAGGAUCUUGCUACUGAGUAAUCCUUCUCCAGGGCUCCAGGCCCCAAACUUUCCUCUUCAUAUUUGCUCUUUUCUGUACCCACAGUUGAAAGUCAUCCAGGAGAUAGCUUGCUGGCCAGGCUCUCCCCAGAGUCAUGGCAUCUUCAGGAUGUGAUUUUCCUUAAUCCUAACUCCAGGAUUUCUGGAGAUGUUUGCUUUUAGAGUAAGACCUGUUUUAAUUAAAACAUUUUAAAUAUAGGUUUUAUUAUUCAGGUAUGGUGAGGCCAACAGAUCAGGAGUCAACUGCCAUUGAAAAGAGUUUGUUACUCCCAGUUCCCAAGAGGAGGAGUGGUGCUAUGGGGGGGGGGCACACAGGGAUGCACCAGAUCCCCUAAGAGGCAAAGGGAAUGACGGGGGAGCAUAGGCAGGAGACUAGUGGUUUUCAUAGGAAGGAACAGAUGAGGCAGAUACAGGUGGACAGAUUUAGGAUUGGCUAGUUUAACAGCCCUGGGAGGAGCAAUUCCUCAUGGUCAGUGAGCUCCAGAUUUCAGAGUAUCAACAAUACAGACUUGGGGGGGAGGGGCAGAUUAACUGGGGAACUUAUAUGCAUAUAUGCAUAACCCAUGGACACAGUAGUAGU